CACAGGGAAAAAUUUCUUCCCAAUAUCCCUACCUAACCCUGCCCUUGUAAUCUUAGAUCAGAUCCCACAGUUUGGGUUCUUUUUAAUUAUUGGUACCCUAUUUUCAAGUCCUUUGCUAUACUGGAUUAAAAACUUGGGGAGCUGAGACAAAACCAGCUUAGACUGUGAAUUUACUCUCUUUCCUGCUUUGCCAGGCAAUCCCUGUGAAUGACAGUGCUUAAGAAAUUGUUCCCAAAUUUCCCAUAUAGCCAAAGCCUACGUUCAGCCAUAAUUGGCUGUCCUUGCUUUAGUCACAGAGUCUGUGUGUGGACAUGGAGAAAUGAGUGUUGGCUGUUGUUUAUACCUGGAAAUACACAUUUCAAAAUGUUCUCAUUUUACAGAAGAGCUUUGCUGGCUCUGCUGUAGUGGCAGUGCCAAUUUAGCUGGGAGAGCAGAAGGCAGACCGAUGAUGAAAGAGAAACUCCAUCAAGGGAUCACGGUCGUGGUUGACAGAUAUGCCUUCUCUGGAGUGGCCUUCACAAGUGCCAAAGAGAACUUCUGCCUGGACUGGUGCAAACAGCCUGAUGUUGGACUCCCAAAGCCAGACCUGAUCCUGUUCCUUCAGUUAAGCCCAGAAGAAGCAGCAGAACGAGGGAACUUUGGACAUGAGCGUUAUGAGACCAGCUCCUUCCAAGAGAAAGUUCUCCAGUCCUUCUGUUGCCUAAUGGAGGACAAGACCCUAAACUGGAAGACAGUGGAUGCUUCAAAGAGCAUUGAAGACUUGCACAGAGAAAUCAAGUCCAUUGCAGAGGAAACUAUGCAGGAGGUUCAGAAUAAACCUUUGGAAGAACUCUGGAAAUGAAACUUCAUACCAGUUAAAAGAGGAAGAUCAAGAAUAAGGGAAAGGUCACUUCUUGGAUCUUCUGUGUUUGGAUGACUGUGACAUCCCAGCAGCUACAGCUUAGAUCCUAUGUAUUCUUUUGGGUCCAACAUGCUGCUGAUGUUUUUUUUUAUUAUCUGCACCUCCCUUCCAUCCUGCAUAGUUGCGUCUGCAUUUUUAAAA